AUGGGGUACGUGCAUGGGCGGACAAAGGGUUAUGCACAAGGUCGAGUAACAGCAGAUCGUGUCCUCGACCGUUACUUUACUGCCCCCAGUGACGAUGAAGGUAGCGAUUCGAGAGGUGGCUCUGUUGAGGCGCAGAAUACCCCACGAUUCAGACCAGAACCAGUAUCGCGCACUUCCAGCGAACAAUCACGUCCUCGUACGCCUACACGUCCUCCAACAGCAACGUCCACCCCAGACCUCAUCUGCACGCAGUACUAUGUUCUCCCCUGCCAACGCGAUGGACGACAUUCCUUCAGAUGGUUGGAUUCCAGAAGCUGAUUCUUCUCUCAUCAUCCGCUUGCCACCUCCACAUGAGUUUCAGCGCUCGCGUCGUACGCCCUCCCCCAUUUGUUCAAGUCCUGACACACCUUUGCGCUCCCUACCCCAAGAUCCUGUACUUAUGGUACCAGAGCCUCGAUCUCCUGGCGCGCCAUUAUAUUCGGUCCCUGCUUCGGACUCUCGUAACCAACGAACGGUACGUCGGAGAGCUUCGGGUACGGAAAGUAUGGCCUCUACGAGGACGUCGGAACUAGAGCUGCUUAGUCCUCCGGAGCACCAUCAAUCUAGCGGGCUGAGUGUCAUUCCUGAGGUUACAAGCGUACGUGAGCAGAGUACGCCUAGUAGCCGGAGCAUGAGAGCGAGCGUAGAAGAAGAAGCAGACGAGGGUGGCUUCGUACAUGUUUCUAUGCCAGCCCCGCGUUCGUCUAGAGAACAGAUUCGGCUGCAGAAAACACCGUCUACUAUAUCAGUAGCUAGAUCACCAGCACAACAAUCAACGCGUCCCAUUAGUUCAUCAUCAUCUGGUACCGUCAACAUUACGAUCCAACCGCCCUCACGUCCCGCAUCCAACAUGUCGCAGGUAACACCAUCUGGGCAGCGCGCGUACUUCCUCAGUCCCGCAGACGCUGACCGCCCAUUACCACCACCACCACCAUCGUCGUAUUCUCCAUCACCAGCACACGUGACACCGUCGAUGGUGCCUAUACCGCCUACAGGUAGCACGAUGUAUUCAAACUUACCUCCAGGCCUCCCACCUGGGUUCGUACCCACCGGUCCACCAACCACGCGUUCAUACACGCCAAGCAGCAGCCUAGCACCUGCCAGCUCCUCCCAACACGGUCACCACCAAUACAGCGGACCCACCAACCACCAAUACGCCAGCAACACGAUCGUAGUCCCAUGUAGCCCCAAAACGAUACACGACGACCCGAACGAACCAGUAGUGAUCCCCCCUCCCUCUCAGAAGUUUGGGCCUGAGUCGGAUGACGACUCUAGUGAUACUAGUAGUGAUGCGGGGUUGCAGACGCCGAAGAGGAAGUAUAGGGCUGCGGGGAGUGCGGCGAGUUUGUAUACUGCCACUGCUCCUGGGAGUGGGACGAGGUAUUCCGUGGGGAUGGCUUUGAAUGGGAGUGCGGGUGGGACGCCGAGGGUGGGGUCGUAUGGACGGAGUGGGAGUGUUGGUGGUGGUGGUGGUGGGGAGGGGUAUGUGAGGAGUGGAGGGGAGGGGUAUGUGAGGGGUGGAGGGGAGGGAUAUGCGAGUAUGAGUGCCAGUGGUAGUGGGUUUGGGAGGAUGGCGUAUGUUAGUGAACAGGGGAGUGUGAGGGGGUGAUAUUCACGAUUUAUGAUACGAUGAUUUACGAGUUUGAAUUUACGAAAAGGUGCUGGCUCCUUCUUAUAUGGAUUGGCAUGACAUGCGUUAUAAAUACUCUAUCUUUUGUCUUUAUGGAAUAUGGAAUACAAGGUUAGACUGUUAUUACAAA